AUGUCAGGAGGAAACAGAGUGACUGAGUUCAUCCUCCUGAGCUUCCCCUGCCCCAGAGAGAUGCAAAUCCUCCUCUUUGGUGUGUUUUCUCUGACAUAUGUACUAACCCUUAUGGGGAAUGGGUCUAUCAUCUGGGCAGUAAGAUUGGAUCAUCAACUCCACACCCCCAUGUAUAUUCUUCUAGCCCACUUUUCCUUCUUGGAGAUCUGCUAUGUUAAUACCACAGUUCCCAACAUGUUAGCCAAUUUCCUCUCUGAAACCAAGACCAUCUCCUUCACUGCCUGCUUCCUCCAGUUCUACUUUUUCUUUUCUACAGGUAUCACUGAGCCAUUCUUUCUAUCCCUCAUGGCUUUUGACAGAUACUUGGCCAUUUGUCAGCCUCUGCACUACCCCACCAUCAUGACUGGACAUUUCUGUAUCAAACUAGUGCUCUUCUGCUGGGUUACAGGUUUCCUUUGUUUUCCCCUCCCUAUUUAUUUCAUGACUCAAUUGCCUUUCUGUGGCCCAAAUGUCAUUGAUCACUUUAUCUGUGAUCCAGGUCCCCUGCUGGCUUUGACAUGUGUCCAUUCUCCAAAACUUGAGCUUUCUUUUUCUAUUAUACCAUCUCUUGCCAUCUUCCUUACUUUUCCUUUCAUCCUUGGAUCAUAUGCUCUGGUCUUCAGAGCAGUCUUACAAGUCCCUUCAGCAGCUGGCAGAAAGAAGGCUUUCUCUACUUGUGGGUCCCACCUGACUGUGGUCUCUCUCUUUUUUGGAACAGUCUUGGUCAUGUACAUCACCCCAACAUCAGGACACAUAACCACAACUCAAAAGAUUGUCACAUUGUUUUAUUCAGUGUUUACCCCACUCGUGAAUCCCCUAAUCUAUAGCCUCAGAAACAAAGAGAUGAAGACUGCCCUAAAAAAAGUACAACUGGCCAUGAAAAUUCUUCCAAAUAAAUGGGAUAGUGUCAGUAAACCUGCUUUAAAGUCUUAA